AUGUCUCAGCCGCCUUCCUUCCAGCGUGAUCCUACGCAGGCAUCCAACGUCGUCGACUCGUCCGAAGUCUCGGAUCAAAGCCAAGCAAAAGAUACCUCUCAAGCCCCUGCCUUUGGGGGCCCCGGUGCCAAAGCAACCGCCCCUGAAACCUCCAAGCCUCACUCGAGCAAGAUCCUAAACAAACUGGAUCCUCGGUUCGACAGCGACGUGGAUAACCAACAAUUCACGCUGUCCCGGAUCUGUAUUCAGGAGAAUCCUACAUCUACUUUGAUAUCCUCGAUGCCUACUCUUAAACCACUCUUGCUGGCGGGAGGCCACUCAUCGCGAAUGGGCACUCGCAAGGAACUCUUACGUGUCGUCGAUGAUGUCCCCUUGUUCGUCCAUCUGCUGAUCAACCUACGCGAGGCAUGUCCUGAGUCAGAUGUGGUGUUUCUAUCAUUGCGCCAUCCCGACUCAUUAAAAGCCAUUGAGAACGAUCGCCAUAUCUCCGCCGUCACAAACCGUCAACUAAUUCUCACCCACGGGGCUACCACUUUCCCGGUACAUGUAGUCUACGACGGUCCCGGAGUACCCAGCGAACAUGAUAGCACCGGCAUUGGCCCGGCAGCCGGGCUGCUCGCUGCUCAUCACCAGGACGAAAGUGCUCACUGGCUGGUAGUGGCCUGCGACUAUCCAUUCAUAUCCCUCGCCGCGCUGUCUCAACUCAGAUGCGAAUGGACUGAGCCAGUCAUCUGUUUUGAAAAUAGAGAUGGCUUCUGUGAGCCUUUACUGAGUAUCUGGUCUCCGGAGGCACUGCGCGCACUCAAAGAGAACAUUCAAAAUGGGAUUCUCGGACCCAGUGCGGUGGUGAAGCGUCUGCGUGGCAAGACGAUACGACCACGCGAGGAGAAGUCGAUCUUCAAUGUCAACACGCCAGCCGAUUUGGAGCUGGCGUCGAAUAUGGAAGCCACACCACAAGCCAGUUCAUAG